AUGAAGUACAACCUUCGAGUCCUAGUUCCAUCACCGGUCGGCGAUGCUGAAAUCAACACCCAGUACGAGGACAUCCUCGACGUGUCCUUCGCAAACUGGGAGACAAAGAAAGCGCCAAAGAAGUUGACCCAACAGUUAAUCCCCUCAGACGCGAUGACUGUCCGCCAGCUUCUCAGCCGGCAGUUUUGCUCUGGGGUGGCCCCACGGCCGUGGGCUGCCGGGAGCCCGCUCUCGUAUUCAAGCACCCCACCGGUCGCCGCGGAAGACCUGCCGCCUUGGGUCUUCUGCGUGGACCACUACUCUGCCGACACUGCCGUCCACAUACCGAAGGAAGAUGCCGUUCUGGCAUUACCGAGCACCUUCCGUUCGGUAAUCCAUCCCGGCGAUCGCGGCACCCCGCUACCAUUCUGGCUCUUGGACUUGUGGCGACGUCUGCGCAACGUCCAUACGGUUCGGUCCAAUGUCGAGCGUGGACUGGAGUGGCUCAGCGAAGUUGGACGACAAGAAGAAGUUGACAGAGCGGUCGUCAAAGUACAGACUGCCCGAAUGCUCGACCUGCCGGCGUUGCUGCACCCAUGGUGCGACCUCUUCUCGCAUCUGACCACGGACGACCGUGACCUCAACGACGAGUUGAUCGACGCAGUCGUCGCUAUCGUGAUGCACUUGGUCGACCUCUUCGGCAAACUCGCCGCUCGAGGUGACUUCGCUACUGACAGCAUCAUCUGCCUCCCGUGGUAUAUUGGCGGCGAGUGGGUGUUCGUACUCAUCAACAUGGCAGGUGAUGACAUCAGAAUCGGUUAUUGCAUCCCCCAACACAACCACGAUGGCUUACUCGAGAUCGCCAUGCGCACUGCGAUCCGGAUCGCUCACACGGUGGAAGUGUCGGUGCGCCAGACUCGCACCGACUGGAUAGUGCGCAAAUAUCAGCGUGGGGAUGAAGAUCAAGAAGCCUCCGUCUUGUCUGGGCUUGCUAUCGCUGUAGGAUUUCUGAAGAACCUUUUGGAAGGGUUGACGGUUUUCUCGAGCGAAACAGCACAAAGACAUCGCAUAGAAGUCCUCUUUGCCAUCUUGGACCACCACCCUCAUAAUCCGGUCAUCUUGGAAGAUGAGAAGCUGAGUCUGUGGGAGUCGCAGGACACAUACCGGCCACUUCCGACCAGACUGAUCGCCACUCGUCUUCUCCCGGACACUGGUGCCUCCCUUGACAGUCCUUUCCACAUCGCCGCCGGUGUUCACGCGGACACUCGAACCAGUGUCGUCUUCCUCGACCGCCCCAUCAAAGCCAUUUACCCCCCCCGGAGGGCAGAGCCUGAUGGGUGGUGUCUCGUCGUCCUCCCCCCUGUCCACAGUUACGCGACCGCUGGCGCGCUCCUCCAGGCCCGACUCUCCACUGUCGGAAUUCACUCGGAAGCUCACCAUGCCCGUGACUGCCGAACCGUCUCCUCCGGUAUUCAGCCGAAGGCUUGCCAUUCCGUCGACGACAUCCUCUUCGCAGCCGGUAUUCACCCGCACACUCGAGUCGCCGUCGGCAUCCUUGACCGUCCCAGGCCCACUACCGGCUUUCACACGAGGGCUCACCGUCGAGUCCAAACCGACGUCGUCACAGCCGGUAUUCAUGCGAAUGCUCGCACCUGCCGACGCUUCGCCACCGGCAUUCAUCCGGCAACUGGCCCGCCCUCCAACACCGACCUCCGCACCACCGGUGUUCACUCGCACACUGUCCAGUGCUGUGGAACCCAUGCCACCGGUGUUCGCACGUAG